AUAUGAUGAAAAAAAAUGCAUCUCUGGGGCAGCAUGGCUCAGUAAUAGAGUAGGCCUCUCCCAACCCAGAUAUAGCCUACAGUAAAAGAAAAAAAAAAGUUAUAUUUAUGGGUGAGAAUGUGCUGACAUUUUGGAUACACAAAGUGACCAUUUUAUCACCUUUUUUUUAUUCCCCUUUACGAGAGAGUUAGUGAGAACAUUCAUUGUUGUCCUGUUUCCAAGUACAGCUUUCAUUUUUCCCUCCCCUUCCCCCCAGCCCUCCACUCCCCUCCCUCCUUUUCUCUCAUUUCUGGGCCCAAAAUCAGGUUAGUGUUUUAUAAGGAGCUUAGCGCAGAAGGCCACAGUGUGCUACUCCUGUAAUAGAGUAUCUCUCGUCCUCUCUCUCACACGCCCUCCCUCCCUCUGUCUCAUUCUAUUCUGCCCUCUUUUCUUUUUGUGCAUGUGCUUGUCCCGCCACGGAGUGACCUUCUCCCUCUCUCUCUCUCUCUUCCACUCACUCCGCCUUCCCUCCUCCUCCUCCUGCCUCUCUGCAGAUGUGGUCGACAAGCCUGCAGGUUCAAACAGCACAGGACGCUGACAGGACAAUUUGGGGGACAACAGACACCUGAGGGGGUCCCGGGUCGACCUGCUGGUGCGUUGAGGUAUACCUAAUGAAGUGUCCUGUGAGCGGACAGUCAUCUUGUUAAAAGGCCAAAAGGGUGCACGGCGCCCCACCCUCUAACAACAAAGGAAACAACGGGGAACUCGUCCCGGUGGCCUCUGGUCAUUUGCGCUUUUGUGCCAACCACUUUGUACCAGGCAGACAAAUGGAGGCCCUCUCUGUGGAUACAGAGGAGAGCGCCGAGGAUACUUCAGGACCACUAAAGUCCAGAAUAAAGUCGCUGAAGACUCGACUGUUUGUGAGAAGCAAGCGAGCAGGAGAGGAUUUCAGCACCAAGUUCAGCCAGUCGGCCAGUGACAUCCUUGCAGGGAAGACGCUGGGUUCCGACGAAGACUUGGCAUUCCCCCAAGGAAUUAUGGGAUCUCGAGCGCUUUCCCACGACAGCAUCUUCUGGGCCGACCAGGUGCAGACAGACGACGACGACAGUGAUCCCGUCAGGGUGUUAUCGCAAGAGAAUGUUCACAGCAAAAUCAAAGCUUUGCAGAUGAAGCUUCAGCAGCAGAAGAUGCAUCUGGGACCGCCUCCUCUCGUUCUGACAAUCAGGCGGCAAGAGGAUGAGGGCGGCCGCUCCGAGGAGCGCCUUCCUCCUCACAAGAGCCCAGAAUUUUCUACCGUGGAUGUCCCAACCCACGGAGCCCUCAAGAAGGUGCGAUCCCAGCCAAAUUCACGUCCACUCUCCCCCAUCUUCAAACCUCCAGCUUCCAAAUCUGGAGCCGCCACCACGCUGUCCCCGACGUUCAUCCCGCCUCGCCCCACCAUCACUUUACCUUGCGAGCCCCCGUUGGACUUAAGCACUCCGGCACAGUUCACCCCUUCUUUGGACACGUCCGCCGCCAGACACCGCAUGUCCGUCAAGCCCCGGAAUCAGAGGGCCAGCACCAAGAGAAGGGUGGCCGAACGGCCUGACGCGAAGGUGCAUGACAUGAACAACCAUCUUGAACCUGUGACAGACGAACACGUGAGCGAGGAAGUGAUACGGGAGGAAGAACAAGCUCGAAUCAAUGCGUCGCAACCAUCACUGCCUAAAGCCACCCAGCUGGAAGUGUUCUCAUCGGACCCCACUCUGGACCGUGUCUUACCUGGCAGACUCUCUCCUGUGUCCUCCCAGGAGCUUCAAGUGAAACUUCAGAGACGUUCCUUUGUGAUGUCUAGCCAUAGACCGCGUCCAUUCUUCGAAGCGAAAGACGCAAUGGACAGCUCGGAGGAAUCUGGGGUUGAAGUCAAGAUCCUCGAUAAGAGCGAAAUCGUCUCCUGUAGCCAGCUUUCCGAUAGCUGCGCAUCAGCGUUGUCCUUACCCAUUUGUCCGCAGGAUGAAACCGAAGUAGACAGCGUAAGAGGACUAAAAAGACCCGGAUCCGGAUCCUUCCAUUUCUCCAUUAGCUCUGCCAAGAGCCGCAUCGAAGACAGACCCCGAUCAGGCAGUUUUGUGGGAGUCGUGGGGCAGGCGGGGUUCAGACACAAGUCAGGAGGACCGGUUGAAGAUGUAACGUUAAGCCUGAAGGAAAGGGAGCAGUGUAAAGAUCUGCACCCUGGAGGAAGAUUUUUUACAGCGGGAAGAUUUAGGCAGGAGCAGAAAAGCUCGGGUCUUCCGUGGGGAAGGCGGGAUAGUGCAAAAAAUGUGGAAUCGGCGAAAACCGGAGAUGCUGUCCCAUCGGAGGAAGUGGAGAGCAGCCGGGAAGCGACGGAGGUGCUCGUGGUGGCAACAAAGGUGGAAGUCAAAGAAGAAGAAGGAAAGACCAUGUUCGGGUUUAAACUCCGCUCCACUUCUAACUCCAUGAGAUUUUGGUCAGAUGGAUCUUCCAGGCGUCAGUCAAGGAAGCCGUCGACUGAGGAGCCAAGUGAUGGACUGAAAAGUCAACAAAGUAAAGACAGUGAAAGCCUGUCCAAAAAUGCCAAUGCUGGAGAUUUCACACAGACAGACCCAGCCCUCCCAGCCAAGCCAAGCCCUCCAUCUAUCUUUGAGGCUCCCACCUUACCCACAGACAUCCAAACAACCUCCUUACAUCAGUCUCAGGAGCUUCAAUCCGGCCCGCAAACAGCUUCGCCUGAGCUAUCCUGGGUAAGCCUAGCGAUGGAAAAGACCAGAAGCCUGCACCAGCUUUUUGCAAGAAGAUUUCCCAAGGAUUUUACGAGUAAUGCUCCACAACCAACAGCACAGACACCAAACCUCGGUGAGAUAUUACAUGUGAAAUCUCAGACUAUAAGAUCACCAGAAUGUGAGAGAUCAGAACCCGAUGGCGGCAAAGGGAUGACGGAGCAUAUCGAAUCGUCCCAAAAGACAACAAACACAUGGAAGGAACCGGAAGUGCCACCAUCACAUGUAAAUACAAGUCAGCCCACCUCGACAACAAAUGUAUGGAUGACCCAGUCUCCAUCGCGCUCCGCUCCCCUGUCGGAUAGCCCAUCUCCAUUUGGAGCAGGGUCCACUGUCACUCAAUCAGUGGCGCGGUCUUAUCAGGCCUCAGAGCAGCAUCCGCCACCUUGGAGCCACCGAGGUCUUCACGCUAUAGCACAGCAGCCCAAAUAUACAACACCUGCAGUGGACGAAGGGAAAUGGACAGUGCAGGAAAAGGAGAGCCCCUCGCUGCUGGCCAAGCACAGCGCUUGGGCUGGAUCCGUCAGCGAGAAGGCUGCGUUUUUGGAGAGACAUGCAGAGUGGUGUUGUCCAUCUGGGACAAAGGGGGUAGAGUUGAGGAAAGCGCAACUGGAAACCAAGACAUCGAAUGAACCCCGCACACAAAGCAAAGACUCAAAACCUGAGGGAAGAGAAGGGUUCAAACUUCCAGAGUCCCAGAGCCCUGCCAGAGUUCCUGACAGACCUCGAGAGGAGAAAUGGAUGCGCAAAAACCUGGGGUCUUCUCCGUCGCCUUCCUCAUCACCCAUCCUGAGGUCCAUGCCCGAUAAUGCUCAACCCUCCUGGAUGGAACUGGCCAAGAGGAAGUCCAUGGCGUGGAGUGACAAGACCAUGGACUAAGGAGCCAAACACAACUUAUGUUUUUCACAAUUU